CCAACUUGAACAAAGGACUUUAUCAAAUUCCUUGACUAGAACAUGGAAGUUGGAUUAGAUACGAGUUUGUUUUGAUUUAGCAUUCCUUGUGUGGAGUUAACAAAUGCAUACUGACUGAACUAAAUAGGCUACCAAACUCUAAUUCGACUGAAAAUGUCUAAACUACAGUUGUUACGUUUGUUUUUAAAUGAGCGUUUAACGGCGGCUGCUGUGGAUAUUUUCGGUGCAGUUGAGAAAACGGUAGUGGAGUACCAGGAGGAGAAUGAUCGGCUACGGAGACUGCUGGGGAUCACACCAGAGAUACAACUAUGUGGAAUAGGUAACCUCUGCUCCUUCCCUCCAGACUCCCUGCAGCUCUCUGUCUCUGAAGAGGAGGUUCCCCCUGAGCAGCAGCACUGUGAGGAGGAGUGGAGCCCCAGUCUGGAGCAGGAGGACCCAGAGACCAAACAGAUUAAAGAGGAACAGGAGGAAGUCAGGACCAGUCAGAAGGAAGAGCAGCUUCAAGGGGUGGAGCCUGAUAUCAUAGAUUUAGAUUUCACUCCUCCCUGUGUGAAAAGUGAAUGUGAUCUGGAGGACCCACUUUGGUCCUUGACUCUUCCUCAAACCAAGAAUGAGGAAAACAGAGAGAGUGACUCUAAACCAGUGGAUCUCAAACCUUUUGGCACUGUGACCCACAUUAAGGGUCUCUACAUUCCCUGUGACCCUCCAGAUAAUCAAAACAAUGCCUCCAGUCACAGCUCAGCCGUAAUCAGCAACCCAGUAGGACUUGACAGCAGGUCACCAUUGGGUCCCAGCCCACCAUUGGAUCCCAGUCCACCAUUGGAUCCCAGUCCACCAUUGGAUCCCAGUCCACCAUUGGAUCCCAGUCCACCAUUGGAUCCCAGUCCACCAUUGGAUCCCAGUCCACCAUUGGAUCCCAGUCCACCAUUGGAUCCCAGUCCACCAUUGGAUCCCAGUCCACCAUUGGAUCCCAGUCCACCAUUGGAUCCCAGCCCAUUAUUUGAUCCCAGUCAACCAUUGGAUCUCAACUCACCAUUGGAAGAACACUGUUCCAAACUUAGCACCACGUCUAGAAGAACUCACCACUGCCAUGACUGUGGUAAAACAUUUGCUCUGAAAGCUGACCUGCAGAGGCAUGUGACUCUCACCAAGAAGAGACUCAGUGAAUGCCGCUUCUGCAAGAAACGCUACAACUCCACCUGUAAACUGAAGGCCCAUGUCCGACUCUGUCAUGGUGGUAAACCCUGCACCUGCCCUGUUUGUGGCAAGAUCUUCAAAUACAAAGGAGUUCUGCCCAAGCACAUGAGGAUUCACCAAGGAGAGAAAUCUUUAAGCCGUGGUGACUGUGAGAAAAGCUUCAGUCACAAGGGCGCCCUAAAUCUAUAUGAACUGACUCACACUGGGGAGAAACCAUUUAGCUGUGGUGACUGUGAGAAAAGCUUCAGUCACAAGGGCGCCCUAAAUCUAUAUGAACUGACUCACACUGGGGAGAAACCAUUUAGCUGUGGUGACUGUGAGAAAAGCUUCAAUCUCAAGAAUAAUCUAACCAGGCAUAAACUGAUUCACACAGGAGAGAAACCAUUUAGCUGUGGUGACUGUGGGAAAAGCUUCAGUCUCAAGAAUAACCUAACCAGGCAUAAACUGAUUCACACAAGAGAGAAACCAUUUAGCUGUGGUGUCUGUGGAAAAAGCUUUAGUCAGAAAGGGGACCUAGGAAGGCACAAACUGACUCACACAGAUGAUAAACCAUUUAGCUGUGGUGACUGCGGGAAAAACUUCAGACAGAAAGGGGACCUAAGGAGACACAUACUGACUCACACAGGAGAGAAACCAUUUAGCUGUGGUGACUGUGGGAAAAGCUUCAGACAGAAAGGGGACCUAAGGAGACACAUACUGACUCACACAGGAGAGAAACAACAUGGCUGCUCCGUCUGUGGUAAAAGAUUCAUUCGUAAGGCUCAUCUGCUGAAGCACGUCAAUAACGUCCACAAAGAAAGAAAACUGGAUGGAAACUAGAACAACGAAAAUUAGGAUUAAAAUCUAGUUAGGACAAAGAGGAUAUGCGGGUUAGCAGAUGGGAAUUUAAAAGGCAGGAUGUGGCACUUAGAAAAACAAAGCAACUCUGGAUUAUUGACGCUGUGGUUUUUCAAAUAAAUGAAUGUGUGAUGGAUUUACCUUUUGUGAAACGUUUUAUACGAAUAAAGUUUCAUUUGAACGAUGAGGUUCUAAGAGUAGCAUCCCAGUAUUAUGGGAAUCUCACAGAUCUGAGGGAUGUACUACAAAGCAGGAGUUCACCAGCUAACAUGCCUAAAUAUUCUAUCAUUUAAAAAUAUAUAUAUAUUUUUAGACAGAUCUUGAAAUGGGCAUGGUCUAAUUGAUUCAACAAACAAAAAAAACACAUUUAGAUUUUUUCUAAAAUGAACCAGAAUUUCUGUGAACCAUGAACCAGUUAUUUCUGGUUGCUUAUCAAAGAUCAAUAGCUAAAUCCUUGAUUCUGCUUUGUAGUAGACCCCUCUGCUAUUACAUGUUAGUCAUUUAGCAGACGCUCUUAUGCAGAAUGACUUACAGGAGCAAUUAGGGUUAAGUGCCUUGCUCAAAGGGCAUUUCAACAGAUUUUUCACCUUGUUGGCUCUGGGAUUUGAACCAGCGACCUUUCGGUUACUGGUCCAACCCCCUUAACAGCUAGGCUACCUGCCGAUCCUGUCUAAAGUCUGUGGAUGUUUUCAUUAAAAAUAUAUAUAUAUAUUUGAUCUGUUUGUUUUGGAAUGUCUCUCAGGGUGGAGAGAAUUAUCUGACUGAUGUUAUUGAUACCAAAAAAAAAAUGUAUGUCAAAAAAUCUUCAUCCAUUUGUCCUAGUGUAUUUAUAAUAAAUGUUGAACUAAUGCAUCUUA